AUGAAUGUCGAAUUUGGUCAAGUUUUAAGUUCUUCUUCUACAUUGGUGGAACUAGGCAAAGUUUCUAAUGUUAAAGUCGUUGAAGAUGUUACAUCAACAAACAUUUCUAAUGGAAACAAUGGCUUACCACAUGAACCUGCUCAUGAUUUGAUUUUUAAAGCUUUGAAGACAAGAAUUGAAUCUAUUAAUCAGGAAACUUGCGAACCUGGUGAGGAGAAUUCUUUUUUCAUCUGUGAUUUAGGUGAAUUGGAAAAACUAUACAUCAAUUGGCAAAAAGAAUUACCAAUGGUUAAACCAUACUACGCAGUGAAAUGUAAUCCAAAUCCAAAAAUAUUACUGAAAUUAAAAGAACUAGGGUUGAAUUUUGAUUGUGCAUCUAAAUCUGAAAUUGAAACAAUCUUAUCAAUGGGUGUUGAUCCAAGCAGAAUCAUUUAUGCAAACCCAUGCAAGGCUUCAUCUUUCGUUAGAUAUGCACAGGAUAAAAAAGUCAUGAAAUCAACUUUUGAUAAUGUUGAUGAAUUAUAUAAAAUUAAGAAAUUCCAUCCAGAUUCUGAGUUGUUGAUACGGAUCUCCACGGAUGAUUCAACUGCUCAAUGCAGAUUAUCAACUAAAUAUGGUUGUGAUUUAGCCGACGUCGAGAGCUUACUGGAAAAAGUUAAAGAAUUGCAAUUAAACUUAGUCGGUGUCGCAUUCCAUGUUGGUUCAGGUGCAUGCGAUUUCACAAGUAUUCACACAGCUGUUAAAGAUUCAAAAUUUGUCUUUAAUAAAGCAAAGGAAAUGAACUUACCUGAAUUGAAAUACCUAGACAUCGGUGGUGGUUUUCAAUUCGAGACUUUUAGUGAAUCUACUAAGACUGUUCGUGUAGCUUUAGAUGAAUUUUUCAAAGAAGAAAUUAAAACUAAAAAAAUAGAAGUCCUUGCCGAACCAGGUAGAUAUUUUGCUUCAACUGCAUUGACUUUGGCUUCUCAUGUCAUUGCAAAGAGGACCAUUGCUGAUAAUGAAUCCAUGUUAUACACAAACGAUGGCGUUUAUGGUAACAUGAACUGUAUCUUAUUCGACCAUCAAGAACCAGUACCACGCAUCUUGUACCAUAACAAUGAUUUCAAAUAUUAUGAAUUCGAUUCAACUUCGAAGUCACUACCAGUUAUCGGAGGCCAAAAGAAAUAUCCUCAAAAGGUUUCAAUAUGGGGACCAACUUGUGAUGGCUUGGAUUGUAUUACAAAAGAAUAUUAUUUAAAGUACAAUUUAGAAGUAGGGGACUGGCUAUAUUUCCCAAACUUGGGUGCAUACAGCUCCACCGCAGCAACUACAUUUAACGGUUUCCAACAACAUUCAGAUUUCAUUUACAUUAACUCCAUAGAAGAUAAACUACUAUAA